CCUGAGACCAUGGGUUUCGCGCGAAAUUUGCCGGUUCUUUUAACGAACUCAAAAUUAAUAAAAAAAAAAUUGUCCCUAUUUCUGCUAUCUUUAAUUCAACACUGGAAUUCGUUGCCCAUUCUUCGCGGGAAUUCCUUCUUUCCUUUUUCUCUUGUUUUACCGACACUUUAUCUGAAGAAUUUCGUCACUAAUAACCCUUUUUUAGAAUUAAAUUCACAUGUAAAAAAAAAAAAAAGUAGCUUGAAUAUCUUUAUCAUCACCCAAUUCUUUAUAUGUAUAAUGAGUCUUGAAAUUGGUUGCAGCAGGUAAAAGGGUGAUGUUAUCUGGCGGCAAUAAAAUUUUUAAAACAUUUUUUUCUAUACAAAGAAUGCAUUGGUACAAAAUUUAGUUACUAAUUCAAUUGUCUUCUUUUGUUUAUCUUUAUUCUUUGAUUCAAACAAUAGCUUAUGGUUAUCUCUAUCUCUUCUACCUGAGUUUUUGUUUUCUUGAAGAGUUUGGGUUUUCAGAUAAAAAUACGUUAAUGGGGUUUCCACUUAUAAUCAUAAAGUGUUAACUUGUAAAGUGCCUAGUGCUUUUGGGUGACCAUGGUGAUGGUGGUUCUUUCUAUGCCGAGAUUAAAAUGAAUAUUUCAGAAGCUGGUAAGGUUCUUAAAAGGGAUUGAUUUGCAGAAUUUAGAAGAAUAUUUAUAUGCUUGAAUUUGAGGUAGUAACUGAGCAAGAAGAGAAGAAAAUAUGCCUAGUGAGAAGAGAAAUGUGUUGGUUGGGAUUCGAAUAGAUGGUCAAAGCAGGGAUUUGCUUAGGUGGUCUCUUGUAAAUGUUGCAGAACCUGGAGAUUCUGUUGUUGCAGUUCAUGUUUCCCGGAGUUCUGACGAUGGUUUGGGAGAGAAGUUGUUGUUAGACGGUUAUUUAGAAGCAUAUGAAGGCCUGUGCUCUGUAAAGAAGGUAGAUCUUAAAGGCCAGAUUUUUAAAGGAAAUUCGAGGCGAAAAGUUUUGAUUAGAGAAGCAAGGAACUAUGCUGCUGUAGCUUUAGUUGUGGGUAUAAGAAAGCAUAGUUCUCUUGGGGGUUGGACUUCCAUUGCUAGAUAUUGCGCAAGGCGGUUGCCAACAACUACCAAUGUUCUGGCCAUCAACAAUGGAAAAAUUAUUUUCAGAAGGUUCAACAAUAAUCAACUAUCAGGUCUUAAAGGUGAUCCAAGACCAAGUCUUUGUCUGAUUGGAAACCUUGCUGGUAGAGAAUGCCAAUCAGAAUAUGGUGACUCUGAUGGAGGGUCUGAGAUAUCCAGUUUUGAAGGGAUCCGAAACUCCAAAGAUGGAUCAAGAACCAGUAGUGAAGAUUCAAAGAGUGGGAUAUUGAGUGUUAUUCAUGAAGGCAAGAAAAUCUCCUCGCGGUCAAUUUCUCUUUUUGCAGGAGAAAAUAUGGACUAUAUGCCUGGUUGGCCCCUCCUCAUGAUGGCUAGUUCGGCAACACCACAAGCAAGUCUCGCCAGGACUAUGUCAGUUGUCCAAUGGGUAAUGAACUUACCAAGUCGUUCCCCAUAUCAUGCUCCUCAAUGUUCAACCAUCAAAGAAAACCCAUUGGAAAUAGAACUGAGUGGCAGUGAAGGUGAGAAUGAUAGGAUCAAUUCAUCUAUGCAAUAUGAGCUGCAAAAAUGCUUGGAGAUACUCCCGAAAACAAAUUUAUCCGAUUGCCAGUGGUUCACUUAUGAAGUUCUAAAAGCUGCAACUGCUCAGUUCUCCUCAGAGAAUCUGAUUGGAAAAGGAGGGAGCAACCGUGUUUAUAAAGGUACCCUUCCAGAUGGCAAGGCUGUUGCUGUCAAGAUCCUGAAGUCAUCAAAGGAGGCAUGCAAGGAUUUUGCCAAUGAAAUUGAAAUAAUCUCCUCACUGAAGCAUAAGCACAUCAUGCCUCUAAUCGGUGUCUGCAUUAAAGAUUAUGAUCUAAUAUCUGUCUAUGAUUUAUCAUCUAAUGGAAGCUUGGAAGAAAUUCUGCAUGGGAAGAACAAAGAAAAACAUGCCUUGUCGUGGGAAAUGAGAUAUAAAAUUGCCGUUGGGAUUGCUGAAAGCCUAAAUUACCUUCAUAAUGAGUAUUCUCGACCUGUUAUCCAUAGAGAUGUCAAGUCUUCAAACGUUCUUCUUUCGGAUGGGUUUGAACCAAAGUUAUCUGACUUUGGGCUAGCCAUAUGGGGACCAACUGAUUCAUCAUUCCUGACUCAAGCUGAUGUUGUUGGAACAUUUGGGUAUUUAGCUCCUGAAUAUUUCAUGUAUGGUAAGCUUAGCAACAAGAUUGAUGUCUAUGCUUAUGGUGUUAUUCUGCUUGAACUGCUAUCCGGGAAAAGACCAAUAAGCUUUGAAAACUCCAAGGGCCAGCAGAGCUUGGUCAUGUGGGCAAAGCCAAUAAUAGAGAGUGGGGAUGUGAAAGGCCUACUGGAUCCUAAUUUGAAUGGAAAUAUCAAUGAGACAGAAAUGCAUAGAAUGGUUCUAGCAGCAGCCCUCUGCAUAACUAGGUCAGCUAGACUCCGUCCAAAGAUGAGCGAGAUUCUGGAGCUCCUAAGAGGGGAAAAAGCUGUUGAAAAAUGGGCAGAGACACAACAUGAGAACACAGAAAGCCAAGACCAUAAUGAUGAUGAAGUUUAUCCAAAUUCAAGCGCAGAGUUACAUUUAAGUCUCGCAAUGCUUGAUGUCGAUGACGAUUCGACAUCAUUUAGUAGCAUGGAGCAAAGCAGUAAUCUUUCUAUGGAGGAAUAUUUGAAAGAAAGAUGAUGCAGAUCAUCAAGCUUCAAUUAGAUUCUUUUUACUCUUUUUGGCAUGCUGAAGCUGUUUUAAAACAAAGUUUACCGCAAACCCAAUUUUGGGAUAUGUGUGUACCAUUACUGUCGAGAGAAAAGAAAAGAACAUAAGCACCCAAUGUUGAGGUGUGAUUUGGAGAAGUAGAUACUUGUAAUAAAAUAAUGAUGUGAUUGAACCUCUUUAAACUGAAGUGCAAUAGAUACAUAAAUUACGGAAGGGAUAGUACACAUGGAGCCAACAGCAACUAUGUUCUAAUUUGAAACUGGAAAUAUCAAAUAAUAAAUAAAAAUCAUAUGCACAAAUGAGCAUUUUUACAUGUAAUGAUAAAGAGUGAAACCAGGAGUAUAUGAAAGAUGAGUUCUUCUGGCCAGAUUCUUCAGCAUGUUACACAUUCCAAAACCAACAAUUUUACUUCACAUAUAUGUGUAUUCUCAAACUGAAAAUCAAUGUCUUGCACUUGUACACAAGUC